UAAGAGCUGGUGGACACUUGGUUGAAUGUAGCUGACAAUGUCUGAACCACUCAUCCUGCCAUGGCUUCUCUGUUCAUGUCUGUUGUCUGCAGUAACUCUGGCUACGCUGUAUCUCAAAAGGAAGAUGAAUGGAUUUGUGCCAGGUGACAGAUCUCCUCCAAGCCUCCCCUCAUUGCCCAUCAUUGGGAGUCUCCUCAGCCUAGUAAGCGACCGUCCUCCACACAUCUUCUUUCAACAACUGCAGAAGAAAUAUGGAAAUCUUUAUUCCCUCAUGAUGGGCUCCCACAAAAUCCUUAUCGUGAACAACCACCAUCAUGCAAAAGAGGUCCUGAUCAAAAAAGGAAAAAUAUUUGCAGGAAGGCCACGAACUGUUACAACAGACUUGUUAACUCGAGAUGGGAAAGAUAUAGCAUUUGCUGACUACAGUUCCACAUGGAAGUUCCAUCGGAAAAUGGUGCAUGGAGCUCUUUGCAUGUUUGGUGAAGGUUCAGUUUCUAUUGAGAAGAUAAUUUGCAGGGAGGCGAACUCUAUGUGUGAUGUGUUGACUGAAACCCAGAACAGCACUGUGGAUCUGGCACCAGAGCUGACGCGUGCCGUCACAAACGUGGUGUGUGCUUUGUGUUUCAACUCCUCAUACAAACGUGGAGAUGCUGAGUUUGAGUCCAUGCUCCAGUACAGCCAAGGCAUCGUGGAUACAGUCGCUAAGGACAGCUUGGUGGAUAUUUUCGCAUGGCUGCAGAUAUUCCCAAAUAAAGACCUCAGAAUCUUAAGACAGUGUGUUUCCAUCAGAGACAAACUGCUUCAAAAGAAAUAUGAGGAACACAAGGUGGAUUACAGUGAUAACGUCCAGCGGGACCUCUUGGAUGCACUUCUGAGGGCAAAACGCAGUUCAGAGAAUAACAACACCAGCACUCAUGAUGUUGGUUUAACUGAAGACCAUCUGCUCAUGACUGUGGGGGACAUCUUCGGGGCAGGGGUGGAAACCACGACCACUGUACUGAAAUGGUCAAUAGCUUACCUCGUCCAUAAUCCACAGGUGCAGAGAAAGAUUCAGGAGGAGCUAGACAAUAAGAUUGGAAAAGACAGACAACCUCAGCUCAGUGAUAGAGGGAAUUUGCCUUAUCUAGAGGCCACUAUAAGAGAAGUCCUGAGGAUCCGACCCGUCUCCCCGCUCCUCAUCCCUCAUGUGGCACUCCAAGACUCCAGUGUGGGAGAAUACACUGUGCAGAAAGGGACCCGAGUCAUUAUUAAUCUGUGGUCUUUACAUCAUGAUGAGAAGGAAUGGAAGAAUCCUGAGCUGUUUGACCCAGGACGAUUUCUGAACGAGGAGGGUGAUGGUUUGUGCUGCCCAUCCGCCAGCUACCUGCCAUUUGGCGCAGGGGUACGUGUUUGUCUCGGUGAGGCCCUGGCAAAGAUGGAACUCUUCCUCUUCCUGUCAUGGAUUUUGCAAAGGUUCACCCUAGAGAUGCCCGCUGGUCAGCCUCUGCCCAACCUCCAGGGCAAGUUUGGUGUGGUUCUUCAACCUGAGAAAUACAAGGUCAUUGCUAAACUAAGAGCAGACUGGGAAAAAAUCCCACUAAUGCAGCACUGCUAAAUAAAUGUAUGUUUUUUACUACUCUGCGAUAUUUGUAAAUAUUUUUUAUGAAGGCUACUAUCAAAUAUCACAAAUCAAACAUGACUAAAAAGCAAUAUGAAUCCAUCUUCAACAGUAAUUAAAUAAAGUGCAGAUGAUGGGUUCUGGAAAGUAAAAAUCCAAUUAAUUUUCUCCACAGGGGAAUUGAUUUUUAACACACUUAUAAACCUUUAAAGACAGACCUACUGUGAGUUAUGAGGUUUUUAAUCAAUGGUAUACUGUAUGUUUUUCGUUCAAGCCAUCAAUCUACAUUAUCGUAUAUAUAACAUAUAUAUACAUUGUUUCUAUAAACAUCAACAUUUUAUAUUUAUCCACCAUUUUUAGUUUAAUUACGUUGUUUAUUCUUUCCCUCAUUAAAGUGAAAUAGCGAGUCUUGUACCUUUUGUCUUUUUGUCCAAUUUUCAAAUACUCUUUGCAUCAAAUCAAAGUUUGUAAUGUUGUGAUUCACCUUGUAGCUGGCUGGCUUGGUUCAUGGUUUAUAACUCUUUAACAGAGACUUUUAUAAUAUUCGUAUGGGACAAAUGAAUGGUAAAAAUACUUCUGGAACCAAGGCCACUAAAAAAAAAAGUUAUCCGAAUAACUGAAUCACUCACAGACAUUAAUUGGCUUUAACAGCUUUUUUUUUAUUCAUAUGGAACAUUCUUUGAUACUCUAUAAUUUGGUUGAGUCUUCUUAUAAAACGCAGAAAAUACAAUUUUAUAUAAAAAGAAAGUGACUACAGAUACAAAACUAAAACGUAGUACCAGGCUUGAAUCAAAGCUUAAGAAAAAAAAAAAAAAAAAAAGCAAUUGGCUUGCAAAGCCUUCGUCACCUUCAAGCACUCACACACUCACCGCUCAGUGUCAAAACAGUGCAAUGACAACUUAUUUAGGCAAAAUGAAAACAUCUCAUUCACAGUGAGCUACCCAACAUAGUAACUCAGCUUUCCGCUUUUAAUCAAUACCUUUGGUCUCAAACAUCAAAGGACGAGAGAAAACAAUGGAGACUAGAGCUACAGAAAGAACAACAUGAGCAUCAUUGCCGCGACAGAUGAUUUAAACUCCUCACUGAACUGACUUCAUAACUUCAAGGUUUCCCUUAAACGGUCAAAUAUUUUGAUAAAUGCUAUAACUAUAAUGAUAUAACUGGUCUAAAUAGUUCAGAAUGCUCAAUAUUUGGAUUCGCUCAAACAGCACUGCUACACAAAUGUUUUCGAAGGCAUCAUGUCUGUGUUGGAAUCUGCCUCCCAAAACCAGUUUUUCCAGCUAACACACUAGGAACCUAAUUUACCAGCCACAUCACGUUUGAAAGAAAAUUAGCCUCCAUUUACACAGGAACACUCUGAUCUGGAGAUCAACAGGGCCGAAAAGCCAUCUGUGCCCAAGCUAAGACUCUAUUAAAGGAUGACUAACUGCUAAUCCAAACCAAAGGUCAAGCAAACACAGUGGCCUGAAGAACGAUCCUACUUAAAGGAAUCCACUAUGACACUCUCUCUCUCUCUCUCUCUCUCUCUCUCACACACACACACAGUCUAGGGAAUGCAGUGGAGCAGCUUUAGACAGUCUCACCGCCACAGAAAAACAAAUCUCAAUCUCAUCAUGAACCCGACAUAAGUGCUACACUAGCAUGACAGUAACCUUACCUGAUCUGCUACAAUAAAACGCACAUUAAAAGAUUAUUUUACGUAAUAAGGCCUAUACAUAAGUUACUGUUAGUGGUGCGAGAGUUCUCUUACAGUGUUAAGAUACAAAAACAAUUUAAAAGUACUAUUGGAGAGUACAGAAAUAAAAUUAAGGCAAAAAACAAACAUAUUUAAAUGAUAUGGAAGGCUUAUCAAGUGAUACUUUCAAACAAGUAAUUACCAUUGACCAAAACGUUCACUCAUACUGGCCCUUAAUUAUUUUAUGUAGAAAUUCUGACACACGCAUACCGUUCUCUUUAAGGCAUAUGAAAACUACUCGAAUCAACAAAGGCA